CAUUCUCUGUUGGUAGUUGUUGAAAAAUCAGCUGAACCGGUCAAAAUUCGGCUAAACAUCCACAAUGGGACAGACACUUUCGGAACCAGAAACCUCGAAGGAGUCAGCUUUCUGUCAGAAUGACUACUACAAGGUCGGUUCGAGUUGCAUGCAGGGUUGGCGAAUCCACAUGGAGGACUCCCAUACCCACAUUCUGUCGCUGCCGGACGAUCCGGGUACGGCCUUUUUCGCGGUGUACGAUGGGCACGGUGGCGCUAAUGUGGCUCAGUACGCCGGGAAACAUCUGCACAAGUUCGUCACUCGGAGGCCAGAGUAUGGCAAUGAUGUUGGCCGGGCACUGCAGCGUGCUUUUUUGGAUAUAGACGAGGCGAUGUUGAAGGACGAGGCGCUCAAGGAACAGAUGGCCGGAUCGACGGCCGUUGCAGUGAUGAUUAAGGACGAUCGAUUGUACUGUGCAAAUGCUGGGGACUCACGAGCAAUUGCCUGCAUCAAUGGAAAACUUGAGGUUCUCUCCUUUGACCACAAACCGAACAAUGCCACCGAACUGGAGAGGAUAAAGGGAGCAGGAGGUUUUGUGGAGUACAACCGAGUCAAUGGAUAUCUAGCACUGUCACGAGCUUUAGGAGAUUUUAGCUUAAAACGGAACGGAGAUAAACUACCGGAGGAACAAGUAGUGACGGCAUUUCCGGAUAUUGAAGAACGAGAGAUUACCGAAGAUUGGGAAUUCCUGGUGAUUGCUUGUGAUGGCAUUUGGGAUGUUCUGCCAAGUCAAUCGGUGUUGGAGUUCGUGCGGGAAGAAAUAUCCCGUGGAGUUUACCCGCAGAAUAUUUGUGAGAACUUGAUGACCAGCUGUUUGGCACCUGACUGUCAAAUGGGAGGCAUCGGUGGAGACAAUAUGACGGUGAUCGUCGUCUGUUUCCUACAUGGCCGCCCCUAUGAGGAUCUUGUCAAUCGAUGCAAGGAACACAUGUCCGAGCUUAAUCGUAAGGUGAACGAAAUGUUCAUAGAACUGGAAUCAAACUACUCGGCGGAAGUAAUGCGGGCAAAGUUGAACGAAGAACGGGAUAAGGCUAAAGACGAGGAACGAAACAGCGACGAUGCAACACCAGCUUCUUCGCCAGAAUCGUCGCCUAAACCUUCCCCCCCGGCUAGCAGUACCACGACUGCUCGGUCACCACAACAGCCCUGUCAGGAUGCGGAACCAGUUGUUCCCGCCGGCGACGAUUCCCCAGUGAAAACGACUACAGCGACUACAACAACAACGAAGGUUACCGAUGGACAGUCUUCGCCGGACGAAGACGAAAGCAGUGAAGAGGUUGAUUUGAAGUAAAGUAAGGUGAGUCCUGCUGUAUCACGUAGAUUCACGGAGAACGCCGGUUGGUUGGUUUUUAAUUUGUGGUGGACCCUCCCAUCGCCCCUCCCCGUUGGAAGGUGUAUCGUUGUUUCCAUUUCGUCAUUCCCGCCGUCAUACAGUGAGUGUUUGUCGUUCGACGGUAAGUUGACGCAAUAUUUGUUAGUUUCCAAAGAGCAAAGCAUAUUUGGCGCCUCCCAGAUGAGGAUUUAUUAUUUAAGAAAUUACCUUGGUACCGUUAUGUCGAAUUGUAAAGCCGUUCUAUCAUUUGGACAAUAGAGUUUUGAAGCAGUAAACUUUGGUUUUUAUUUAUUCUUAUUGAAAUUAAUUCUCAGACAAGUGUUUUUGGAGUUUUUAAACUGGAAAACUAGAAAUACGUUAGUUCAACAACAAUUUUCUGCAGAAGCUGAUGAAGUCUUAACAUAACUAAUACAUGGCGUAGAAAACUACUUAAGGUUCCUAUUGCGUUGUACAACUAGGGGCCUUCUGCCAUAAUAAUGGCUAAGCGAUAUAUUUGACAAAACAAACAGAAAACUUGUGUUGCUUGGAGAAUUUUAACAGUUAGCUUCGGAUUUCUCUCGAUUUUGCGAACGUACUGAUUUUGAUCCAUUUUUACUCAACGAUAAAACGUCGUGGCUGAAUACUUGCAGUUUAAUCUGGUUCGAAGGACCACUUCAAUUAUUACAAAGAUAAGUUUGCUUUUCAGUGUUAUGUUUUAAGCUAGUUCACUGUAAAUUGCUUUCACCGAAAUGGAAACAAUGCCUAUUCCUUACAAAAAGUAUGUUUACGUAAAAAGAUUAAGAAAACAACCAAAAAUACUAGUGUUUGUGUUCCAUUGAUGGAACCCAACCUCAAUCCACCAACCUGGAUGAACAACGAAAGCUUUGGGGUAAAGUGGAUGGUGAAAACACAAAGAUUCCUUGAAUUUAUUCAAUAAAGUCCCAAAUCCAUUAAGUUAAGUGACGGUGUUAGAUUUUUAGCGGAAGAUUAUCUCAGACUCCGAAUAAAAAACACAGUCUGGAAGCUUUAUAACUAUUUCGUUUCAAUUCAAUCUUUUAACUUUCCUGUUUCAUUUAGUAAGAAAUCGUUUGUUGAAAAAACUAGACCUGGACCUGUGUCAAAUCGUGCUAGACUUAAAUUCAAGAACAAAAAUGAUUACGCUUUUCUACGUAAUGAAAGCUCGUUUAAUUCGAACAGGCAUUCAACUAUUGUACAUCGUGUAAAAUUCCUGUCGACUAGUAGUGAACUUUUUAGAGACGUAUCCCGAUAAAAUUGUGUUGGAAGAAGCAUUAUUGGACAAAGGUAAAAAAUGAAUAGUGUCUAUUAUAGUUAUUAUACUCAGUAGCGACGUCAAGCAGUAGCUGUUCGCUUAAACUUACGUAGGCAAACAAAAAUAUUCAAAACGUAGGAAAAUAGUUCGACGCUACCUAUUUUUAACCUUUUAAGUUCCUCUGUUUCUGUAACUUUUUUUUCCUUAAUUAUUGGAGGAAGUUGAGAUCCUCUUAGUGAAAAAUUCGACAAGCAAUCCCAAAUGUCGAAAACAUCUUACCGCGUACUAUACACAUAUGUAGAAAUACCAGUGAUUAUGAAUUAGUAGGUAAUAAUAUUACUUUGCUAUUGAUGUUUCCAUUAGUACACACGUUUCUCCCACGAUAAACUAUCCAAACGUACCCAUAAGUACCUAUAUGAUUACAAUCACAAUAUGUCACAUUAACAAGUAGGUUCUCCCGCAAUGUUGUAGCGCCCCUCUGUAUCAUACCACAAUAAAAAUAACAAAGCAGAUACCGAUAUGUUCUGGUAGAAAAGAAAGUUUGUUUAACGUUUCACAAAACAGCUCCUCAUUUGACGAAUACUAACGCAUUUUGGCUCAGAUUAGUGUUUAGAGCUCAGAGAUCAGCUUUCUAAGUUCGACACCAGCUAGCGCUGAUCUGCAUACUAAAGAAGCUUGUUCAAAAGCCAAAUGUUGCGUUAUUUUUGACCGAUAUGAUCAAUGGUAAUGUGUAAAUAUUAAAAUUAAAAAAGCAUCAAAGCUAUGUAAAACCCUCUGAACUGUACCAAAACAGGAGUUGGCUAAUCUUUGAAAAACUGUCCGAUUGAUUGAAAGAAAGAAAACUACUACGGAAAUGAUAAUUUUAAAAUAAAUAUUUUCAAAAAAUA